CGGUCGCUGUCAACAAGAGGCGGGAACCUUCCCGGGGGCCGCUUCUCCCUCCAGGAGCAAUGAGUGGAAGAGAUCUUAGAAUGUUUGUCACAAACUACAGAACAGAAGACACAGAAAAGCUCAUAAUUCGGAUGAAAUAUGGUCUCAAACACCCGAAAUUCAAACCAGUUGACUAUCAGCAGCUACAGGCCCUCGCUGAAGCCAAAAAGCUGGCAUCUCAUGAUAUCGAGCUCAAGAUUAAAAAAACCUUUCAAGCUGCAAAAAGGAACAAAGAUAAUUCACUGAUUAAGCAGCAUCGCCAUGUAUGGUGGCCUGAACUACAGAAAUUGGUGGAAAGCAGACAAAAAGUAGAAUCAGAGGUACACAAAUUACUUGAAUCUGCGAGCAUCGACGAUUCAUUCAUUACUGAAAUGAAAGAUUAUGGUAUGUUGUUGUUUGGAGACCAAGAAGUCUUCAAAACAGCUACAGUGGAUCCCAUCUGGCAGCUAAUGGAAGACCUGAAGAAAAGGCUAUUUGAACAUCAGAAUUGUGGCAUGGGACAACCUCACCAAAUACAGAAAAUAAAUUCAAACCAGAUCCUGCAAGAGGUGGAAAGUGUAAAAAGUCAACAAAAACUUAUAAUGGACAAGCUUGGACAAGAGAUUCUCAUUUUGGAAGAACAAAUUAAGGAUUUUAAAAUUGAGGAAGAUUUUCCUCCUCAACUGAAUGAAAUUCCAGAAGAAAUUGAGCAUUUUCGAUGUCCAUAUCCGGACCUGAAGGCUACAAUCUUGAAUGAGUUCCAGAACCUCAAUGAAAAGUACAGAUCCCAACUAGAGGACAUCGGUGAGUGGCUCAAGGUGACAGACAGGAAUUGUGAAUGGAGUGAAAAUGAUCACUGGAUUUUCCGAGUCAUUGUAGAGGUGUACUCCCCUGAGGUUCAGAAUCGCAACCAGCUUUAUAUGGAUAUGCUGCAGAGGCUGUUGCCAGACAAAUCCAAGCACGCUCUGGUUGAUCACGGGAGGUUAUGGGACCAAUAUCGGUUUAACCAGGAGCAUCAGAGGGUUUUGAUUCGGGGCUGGACUCGAGACAGGAAGGACCUGCUGAUGAACGCAACCAUGACACUUACGGAAGCAUGUUUUAGACAUGAGGCUGAGGUGAUCCUGGUAAAUAACCGCAGGAAGCAGCAGGAAAUCUGUGCUGAAUUAAAACACAAGGUUCAGCAAAUGCGGACCCAUCAAGAGGAAAUAGCUCGGCUGGAAGCUGCUAUUGUUGCCCGGAAGAGAGAGCAGGAGGAAGAAAAGCAGAGAAAAGAAAUUGAAAAAGAAAGAAAUCGCAGAGCUGUGGAUAGAGAAACAAUUAAGCAAUUCUACACAGAGAAAGAACGUAAGAGAGAGGAGGCUGAACAAAGAGACAAAAAGCGACUGGAAGAACUGAAAAGUAUUAUGGCAAAUCAGGCUGACGUGGACAGGGAGAGGGUGUGGUAUAGACAGGAGAUGUUGGAGAAACGCAUUGAAGAAAAGAAAGCAAUGGCUUUGCAGAAAAUGAAAGAGGAAGAGGAGCGGCAAAAACGUCUGGAUGUUUUCUGGCAAAAAAUGGGUGUGGUAGCAGAGUGUGAUCCUGUCAGAAUGAUGAGUGAUACAGAAGCAUCAAAAGCCAGACUUAGAUAUGGGGCAGAGGAAGAAUUUUUUCUCCAAAAGCCGCUGUUUAGUUUGGCCACGUACACUGACAAACAGUUUAUAGCAGACCCUCGUAUCCGAAUUGAAUUGGCACUACGAGAGGCAGGACUCCACAAUACGUUUUAUGCAAGAGAGGUUUUAUCCAAGAUCCCUCCACCAAGACCUCCAAGAAGAGACUUGGAAUCUACACUCUUUAAGGACUGAUUUUCCAGAGCUCAAGCUGUUGUUUCAUGAACCUUGACACCAGUUUCUGUGGACGCAUUUGGUAUUCAACCAGAACUUCGUGUGGUGUUGUAAUCUGGUCACCGUCCAGUCGAUUCAGUAAAGUUACACAAACAACAGCGGCUGAAAGACAAAAUAUAUCACAUCAAUUUUAGAUUUUCCUCACUCAAGAUCAAUGCUGCUUUUCUACAACCUCCCCUAGAAAUAGGAAUGGAAAUACUGUAUUGUAAUAUUAUUGCUUGAUUAAACAUUUAAUUCAUGGCAA